UUUUACUCCGAUAUUUUGCAAUUCGCGACGCGAUCCGUCUCUCGCUCGAUCGCCAUGGCGGCCAUGAGUGACACUGGCUCGAGCUUGGCGCAGUGGGCCGAGCUGUACCACGACGCGUCGGCUGCUCACGGCGGCGUGGUGGCGAACGGUGCGGCGGCGGCGGCGACGAGCCCGGCGUCGCCGGCGGGAUCGACAGGCGGGAGCCCGACGCGGGCGCCGGGGGUGGAGGGGCCGCGCGUGGGGAAGCCGGCGAGGAGGCGGUCCAGGGCGUCGCGGCGCGCGCCCGUGACGCUGCUCAACACGGACACCACCAACUUCCGCGCCAUGGUGCAGCAGUUCACCGGCAUCCCGGCGCCGCCCGCGGGCGCGUUCGCGGGGCCCGGCGGCGUUCCGGUCAUCAACUUCGGCUCCGACUACGGCUUCACCGGCGCCGUCCUUCCCUUCUCCGACCACCUCCAACCGCGCCGGCCGACGUUCCAGGACCACCAACAGCUCCUCCGACCGCAGCAGCAGUACACCGGCGCACCGUUCGGUUACGGCAACCUGCAGCAAGCCGGCGGCGCCGGCACCGGCGCCGGCGACAUGUUCAGCCACGCGCUGAGCUCGGCCGAGGACAGGUUGCUCCUGCAGAGCCUCCAGUCAGCUCAGAUGCCUACUUCCGCCGCUAACCACAGCGCUAAUGGUUACUUCGCCUAAUUAACCAACGGUUAAUCGAAGACACAUCACAAGCAAAGAAGAUUCAUGGACCAGUUGUGUUUAACCCCCUACAAGUUAAUUUUACCCUCUCCUCGAUCGUGUGCAAUUUCUUUUCUUCUUAUUACUUUCACAUGUUUGUUCAGUUAAGAGAGAAGAUCACUAAAAUCAGCUGAUCAGCUAUCCAUGCUGCAGCGAUGUAAAUACUCCUAAUUUUUUCUUCAAUUCGAUUUCGCUCUUUGGUCACUCUCAUAGCCCAUGUGUGGAUUUUGACAAGCAGUAAAAAAAAAAAUUCUGC